CUGGGUGUUUCCUUCCCUCCACAUCCGAACGCUACGAUUUCCCUCCCACCAUCCCCCGUUCGCCUCGCUCGUCGACCUCGCCCUAUUUAACCCUCGACCAAACCCUCCUCCUCUCCCUGCUCGAUCCACCGCAAAAACCCCUCCCUUCCACCGACAGACUUUGUAUUCUGGUUUUGAUCGCUUGAUUUUGGGCCGAUGUCAAGCAGCCGGGUAGCCGGGACGCGCCCGGCGGCGGCACCGCCGCCGCCGCCAGGGCAGAUCUCGCAACCUUAUCUUCCAUUUGCGUCGUCGAGGCCCCCGUUUCUUUCCCCGGAUGAGUACCACCGGUUUUCGGUCCCCCACGGUCGGCGUAGCGCUGGCGAGGAGAUGAAUGAUGCCCUGCUUAUCAGGACUCCUUUAAAACGAAAACGCAAAAAAGAAGACAAUGAAACUUCAGAGACAAGUGAAAGUGUUACUAAUUCUGGCUAUUCUGAACAAGUAAAUAAUCCUCUUCUCACACCAGUAUCUGGCAAGGGAACAAAGACAAAUGGAAGAUCCAAUGCUUCAAAAUACAAUAAGUCUAGUCCUCAAACUCCUAUGUCAAAUGGCGGCUCACCUUCAAACAAUGCACUCACUCCUGUUAAUACUUGUCGUUAUGACAGUUCGCUCGGACUCCUGACCAAAAAGUUUAUAAAUUUGCUUACACAUGAACAGGAUGGCAUCCUUGAUUUGAACAAUGCUGCACAGAUCCUUGAGGUGCAAAAGCGGCGUAUUUAUGAUAUUACAAAUGUCCUUGAAGGAAUUGGAUUUAUAGAAAAGAAACUCAAGAACAAAAUUCACUGGAAGGGACAAGAUGACACAAGACUAGGGGAAACUAAUAAUGACAUUUCCAUGCUACAGGAAGAAUUCAGAAAACUUUCCUUGCACGAGCAAAGCUUAGAUGAUUCUAUCAGCCAAAUGCAGGAAAGAUUGAGAGAAUUUACUAACAAUGAAAACAAUCAAAAGAGGCUCUAUGUGACUGAAGAUGACAUCAAAACUCAAAAGUGCUUUCAGAAUGAGACACUAAUAGCAAUAAAAGCACCUCAUGGUACAACUUUGGAAGUUCCAAGCCCAGAUGAGGCUGGUGAAUAUCCACAGAGGAGGUACCGGAUUGUUCUAAGAAGCACAAUGGGCCCAAUAGAUGUUUACCUUGUAAGUCAAUUUGAGAAGUUUGAGACAGUCAAUGGUGCUGAGACACCUCUGAGUCUCCCUUUAGGGAACUCCAGAGAAAAUUCAAGAGCAAUUGGAAACAACAUGGUGGCUGUUGCCACUGAUGAGAAUAGGGAAGAGCAGUUGCAGCUGAACAACCACGACAGUCAGAGGAUGUGUCCUGACACAUGUUCCCCACUGGAUUUCAGUGGUGGUGUGAUUAGGAUAGAUCCUUCAGAUACUGAUAUGGAUGCUGAUUACUAUCUUUUAUCAGAUUUGGGAUUUAGCCUUACAGAUUUGUGGGAAACACCAACUGAGGAACAACAGAGCGGAGUCAGUGCAUUUACUACAGACGGCAUGGUUUCAAAUAAUGGAAGCGCCGCUCAUCCGCCAUCAGUUACCAAUGUUAUUGCUACUUCCCUAGAUCAAAGUUGUGCUCCAAGGUGAAGUCUGGACAGGCAAAAGUAAUCUUCAAAUGGAAGAUUUUUUUUUUCACUUUUCUGUGGGGAAAUUUCGUCCCAUGAACAUUCUCAAAAUCACCACCAAAGAAAAGUUUUCGAAGUUUAAAGGUGAGGUUUGCCAGAAGGAAGUGCUGCAGCCAAUAUCUAGCCUUAAAUUAUAAAACUGAAGUUUAUGCAUGAGAUUGCUCGCUUGCCUUCAGUUGCUUGAAAAAUGGGACUCCAAAAUGACUCAUCUCAAACAGAGUUUGCUCAAAUGCAUUGAAAUGUCCAUUACGAGCUAUCAGCAGGGCUCCCAGCUUAUCUUUCUACUCGCUUGUUGUACUUCUAAAGGCCAUAGUCAUUUGCAAAGACCAGCUUUUAUGUCUGCUAGUUUUCAUUUUUGUUUCAUCUUCUCUGGUUGGAAUAAAAGCCUAAAAACUUUUCCAAUACAUUA